UCUCAUGUGACCAGGAGUCGACGUGUGCAGAAGUCCUCCUGCUAGUCUGGUCCUUGUUCCCGCCUGGGUACCAGCUUCCUUCAGCAGUGGAGGAGACAGCGUGGGAGUGCAGCGGAAGGAGAAGUCAACUUGUGGGAUUUUUGCAGGUCUGAGUUUGUAGCACGACCCAAGGCUAGAAAAGGAAGAGGAAGAAACUGACCCGGUCAGUACCAGAAGUAAUUGCAUACAAAGGGGAAAAGCAGAAAAAAAGAAUAAAGGAAGGAAGACAGACAGACACGAGAUGAAACCCUGUCAAAAAAUUGAAGGAAAACCAGAAAAUGAGAGUGAACCAAAGCUUGAGGAAGAGACAACACCAGAGGAAAAGCCAGAGGAGGAAGACCCAGAAGACCAAGAAAAAGCAGAAGGAACUUUUAAAGAAAAGCUGAUUCAGUCUCUCCAGGAAUUUAAAGAAGAUAUACACAAUAGGCAUUUAAACAAUGAAGAUAUGUUUAGAGAAGUGGAUGAAAUAGAUGACAUAAGGAGAGUGAGAAACAAACUUAUAGUGAUGCGUUGGAAGGUUAAUCGAAACCAUCCUUACCCCUAUUUAAUGUAAUUCACCACCAUCUUUAUUUGGUAUUAACAAUACCAUAUAGGUUUCUUUUUAUUAGCAUUUUCCUGAUAAACUUUUGUCCCGCUUUCUACUUUUAAACUGUUGCUGUUAGUGGUUUUAGAUUUAUCUCUUGUUAUCUGCAUCUGAACCAAUCUACAAGACUUUGUCUUUUAAUAAAAGAGAUUUACUAAUAUGUAAAAAAGAGGUUCCUGGUAAGAUAUAAAAUGAUAAGUUAAUAAGUAAUAUGUGAAUAUCAUAUUUUGAAAGGUAAAAGUACAUUUGUAUAUUACAUAUAUGCACAUAAAAACUUGUGAAGGAUAAAAGACAAAAAGUAUUGUAUUGGUGGUGGGAUUAUGAAUGAUUUUUCUUCUUUUGCUUAUUUGUAUUUUCCAUAUUCUUAAAAUGAACACACACUAUUAUUACUAAAAAUAAUAAAAGUUUUAUAA